AAUAUAAUAAAUGGGUUGUUCAGCAUCAAAAAAGUUUACGAGGAAGGGGACAGGCUUUGACGAUUACACUUAAAAAUUGGAUUCUGAUGAUCAAACCAAUUUAGGAAUGAUUGCCUUCAAGAGCCUGGAGAAGAAACACAUGGUAGUUAACCUGGAGAUGUUAUCAAAAACUUGUUCUCCCGAGCAUAAGUGCAGAUUGGGUGAAAUACCAGAAGACAUUUGAAAUGACUAAAUUAUACUCAACUGAUUAUUAUUAUUCAUCUUC